CUGAUGCAUCUGCCGGAUCCAGGAAAACUAUGUUUAGUGGACCCUGCAAUGGGCUCGAGCUCAAUUUGUAUUUGAACGCGAGCGACCGGCCACCCAAUAUGCAGCCAUCUCUGAGCGGCGUCCGUGUUGUCAUCCAUCGACCGGACAGCCUCCCUUCCCCGGAGGAGGAGGGGUUCCAUGCAAGUGCCGGUUUCCUAACCAACGUCGCCCUCAGAGAGAUGGAAAUCUCCAGGCUGGCUUACCCCUACGAAAACGAAUGCUACAACUCUUGGGAUCAGUGUGGGUUCUAUCCGAUUAACUCCAGCUUCAUCCAAUACGACUCGGUGUUGUGCAGGCGGAUGUGCAUGCAGGCGACGAUGGUGAAGGCGUGCAAGUGCAAGCUCCCCUUCGUCCAAGACUACUUCACCUUCGCGAAUGGGACCCUGGAUGGAACCAGACCUUGCAACAUCCUCUCUUACGAUAGCCAGGACAUGUCUUGCCUGAUAUCAACGUUUGAUGACCUAAACGGAGGGAGCACGACCUGUCCCUGCAAUGCCGAAUGCCAACAGACGGCAUACCAGCAGACGAUAUCGUCGGCGGAAUGGCCAGCCCAAAUGUACAAGAUGGAUGCCAUGGGCUCCAUGGCGUUGGGAUCUCAGCUGAAGAAGGGAGAGAGUGCCACGAAGGGGGAAGUCGUCAAGUUGGUCAUAUACUUUUCGUCGAUGGUACGGGAAAAUGUCGUGGAAUAUCCGAGUGUGACAAGCGUGAGCCUGUUGAGCACCCUUGGAGGAGCCCUGAGCCUGUACUUGGGGAUUUCCCUGGUCAUGUUCGUGGAAGUCAUCGAGAUUCUCCCCCUAAUGAUCCUGGCGUUCCUGGGGAAAUUCUUCGGUCUCGGUCGGAAGUCAGUGGCAAAUCCCGAGCUCAAGAAGCGGGUGCCUCGGCGGAGGAGCGACACGAUGACAAAGAACGUGUUCCAUCCUGUGAAGAAUGUGCUGGACGAAUUCUACAGCACCACCCAGAUUAAUGGCAUCAGCAAUGCCUCCAGAGCCACUCAUCCUUUUCGCAAGUUCAUUUGGUGGGUCAUUACUGUAGUCGCCGCCGUAGCCACCAUCCAUGGGAUCCUUGACGUGAUAAGGAUGUACCUUCAGUAUUCCGUAUCGACAACGGUGUCUGUGACCCAGCCGAAAACCCUGACUUUCCCGGCUGUGACGAUCUGCAACCUCUCGCCUUUCCCUUGCUCCAAGGUCAUGGACUUAAACGAUGGCGGAGUUUUGGCACAGAUAUUAGGGUGUCUCAGCAGAAAUGAAACAUCACCCAGGGGAAAUGAGACAGCAUUCGGCGAAGUGGACUCAUCCAAAGGUGGCGUCCGUGUUGACAUCCAUCGACCAGACAGCCUCCCUUCACCCGAGGAAUCCGGUUUCCAUGCCAGUGCCGGAUUCAUCACUAACAUCGCGCUCAGAGAGGUGAAUGUCUUGAGGCUGGCGUUCCCCUACGAAAAUGAAUGCUACAGUUCUUGGGACGACAGUGGGUACUAUCCAACCAACACAGACCUCAUUGCCUACAGCUCUGUGAUGUGCAAGCGGAUGUUCCUACAAGCGUAUAUGGUGAAGAGAUGUAAGUGCAAACUCCCCCUGAUCCAAGAAUAUUUCACCUUCUCAAAUGGGACCCUGGAUGAAGUUCAUGUUUGCGAUUUUCGACAGAACGAUACCUCGGAUUUCCUUUGCACAUGGAAAGUCUUCACUGAGCUCACCAUGGGAAACGUCACGAUUCCCUGCAAUGCAGAAUGCGAAAGCAAGGAAUAUCGUCGAACGAUAUCGUCAGCGGUAUGGCCGACGGACAACUACAUUAGGGAUGCGAUGACUUCUAUGGCUUUGGGGCCACAGAUGGAUGGGAAAGAACUUGAUAAGAUGAAGGCCGGCGUGGUCAAAUUGGUCAUCUACUUCGAAGAGAUGGUCAAGGAAACUGUCUCAGAAUUCCCAAGCAUCACGAGUUCAAGUCUGUUCAGCACCUUGGGAGGAUCUUUGAGUCUGUAUUUGGGGAUCUCCUUGGUCAUGUUCCUGGAAAUCCUCGAGAUCCUCCCCCUGCUUGUCUUGGCAUCCCUUCGCAGACGCUUCGGAUUCGGCCAAAAUUUCAAGGAAAAUCCUCUCCCAGGAAAACGAGUGCCCAGUCUGACAGAAGGCGAAGGAAAACCGACUAUCCCUGCAUGGGCUGCAAAGCACAAUUGACUUUCAUUUUUGACUAAUUUAUUCUCGUGUCCAGAUUCACUUUACUCUCUCAAUUUUAUUUGCCCUCAAUCCCUUUCUUUCGAUGGACAAAUAUUUCACUACUUUUGAAAGGUUGACUUAAUCAUCAGCUGAAAUGCUCCUUCACAUUACAUUUCUUUCACCUUUCAUUAUAAUCAUCAAAACCACAGCAUACAUUGGAAUACAUUCCAAGUCAUUAUAAUGUAUCACUGCGUUCGUCAAUAUAAUUUACGACUUUGUUUUGGGAGCUACUUUCUAGGAUCUCCCGGCCCUUGACGUGAGCGCAAAGAUGGCUCUCAUGAGCCACAAAGCUUGUACGGCGUCUCUGUGGAAGUAUCCAGGAAUGCAUGUAUGGGUUUCAUAACAUUUGGUUUUCACAAACCUUUCUAUUUCCACGGCC